AGUGAUUAAUAAUUCGAUUGGUUGGCCGUGAGAUCAAUUUAGGGCUUAAUGAACAAUGCGAAAAGCAAAACUUAUAUAACGGCGUCGUUCUGACCUCUGGUCCCACUCUUAAACCCUGAAUUUGGUAUUUUUCUCUUUCGCCUGAGAAGUCUCUUGAAUCGGCCGGAGAUGAAGAUCCAGCAGCCUGUUCAGGUCGACCUUGGUCAUCUCAUGGCGCUCAAUCCUCACUACAAUUUUAUCUCCCCGCCGUCCUCCAGGGAGGAGUUAGUGAACGAAUGUCUACAGAAGGGUACGGAGCUAGUUCAAGCUAUUGCGAAUGAACUUUUCUUCCUGCCCUCAACUGAAGACAAAGAUGGUCCUCUAGUGGAGUUGCCUCCACCUAAAACAAGAUUGCCUAGGGGGAAGCAUCUUCCAAAGCCUAAGCCUCCUACAAAAUGGGAACUUUUUGCUAAAAAAAAAGGUAUAAAUAUCAUAAAAAGAGGUAAGAAUGUGUUUGAUAAACAAACUUGUACAUGGAAGCGUUGCUAUGGUUAUGAUCGUGCAAAUGAUGAGAACAUUCCCAUCCUUGAGUCCAAGAUGACUGAUGAUCUGGAGGUGGAUCCCUUUGCCGAGAUGCAAGCAAAUAAGAGGAAACAAAUUGAGAAGCAAGAAAAGAAUCGCUUACAGAAUCUGAAACAAGCUGCAAAAAGACCUCCAUUUCCCUUUUCUCCUUCCCGCUGCCACGUUCAACUAGCAGCAACUGCUUUGCCCAUAAUAGGGACACAAGCUGCAACAAAGAAAAUGACAAAAGAUGAGCUUGGAAAUGUGGCUGGAAUGGCUGCAACCGCAACGGCUAGUGGUGGAAAAUUCGACAAGAAGUUUCCUGGGGAAAAGCUUCCAAAGCAUGAAGGGAAAUAUCGCAAGAUUAACUAAAUAAACCUUUUCCAUGGAUUCACCUAAAAAAACACAUAACAAUCCUUGCCAAAGUGAGCUUUGCUUAGUGGUAUUGGCAUGACCUCCAUCCCUAAAUUCGGAGGUUCAAUCUCCCACUCUGUAAUUAUUGUACUAAAAAAACAUAUAACAAUCCUUCUAGGGUUUAAUAUCCUAAGGUUUCAUUGACACCUAAAAGUUAUAGGGUUAGACAAGUUGUUCUAUGAGAUUAGUCGAGGUGUGCGUAAAUUAGUCCAAAUGCUCACGAUAUCAAAAAAAGAACAUAUAACAAUCCUUCUCCUUGGUAGGUUGGGGUAUAUUAUGUAUAUUAUAUACUAUCACAAAGUGAAUAUUUUGUUCUUCGUUUACGUGCAGUUUUUGCCUGUCGUGGAAGGAACUGGUGUUGGUUCCGAAGAAAUGGAGCAAACUGAGAAAGUCCUGAACCGACUAAUAUCCAAAAAUUCACAUGAGAUACUAAACAUCAAUAAGGCUGUCAACAUGUGCAAUGUGAAUAGGGAGAAGAGGCCAACUCAUGAAGGAAGAAAACCCUCGUCGUCAAGGUCGAGCAAGUUGAAACCAAAUAAGAAACUUCAAAAGAAGUCACUGAAGAGAAGGGAAAGGGAAAGGGAAAAUGUUAUUCUCUAUAGACGAUAGUAUUUUUUUUUUUAAUUUUUUAUUUUUUAAACACUAGUCUUUAGGGAAAAAAAUUUUGCAUUUUGCCAUUUACCGUAUUAGUUUUCUUCUCUAUAGAACUAGUAUUUUAGGACGUGCUUUGCACGUUUGUUUAUUUAUUUAUUUUAUUCAAGUGAAUAGUUUAUUUUUUGUA